AAGGAGUCCAGUUAAAAAUCUAACGCCUUGGCUGACCUCAACAAUCCCUGCCCGCCCAUUGCCGAAAUAUCCCAUAGCCAUCCCAUCUAUUUCUCCUAUAAAACCAGGAAACCAGACCUUGCACGAAUAUAUUUUUCCUCAUUAUAUUCCAAAAAUAUAAAGGUCCCGGAUUUCUUACCUAAGCAUCGUUCAUUUUACAUGAUCCAGAAAUAAUGAUAUUUUCGAAGCUGGGCCGUUCUCUUUCUCGAUCCUCCCGCUCUAUUAAUACACUGCGUGCUGGAAAUGGCGGUGUUUUGAGAUCCUCGGCGGUUAUUAACAACAUAGAAGGAGGGUUCAUCGAUGGAAGAGGAGGGUUAGGGUUGCUGAGAGGUUAUUUAACUUCAAUUGGAAGUAGAGGAACUCAUAAUCCUUUUUUAUCCGAUUUAAAUUCCAUUCUUGCAAACCCUAGAAUCCGACGCUUUUUCUCCACUGAAGCUCCUAAGAAGAAGAAUUAUGAGAAUUUCUAUCCCAAGGGAAAGAAGGAAGUUCCGAAAGGGGAAAAGCAGAAAUCUGAAUCCAAAGAGAAUUCUUCGAAUGCAGACCAUGACGAGUCAGACUUUAAUAAGAGAACAUUCAUGAAGGCAUUCUAUUUACUUGCCCCUUUAUUUGUGGCUCAGCUGCUUUUUUAUCCCUUCUCUUUUGGUGAUGGUGACAAGCAACAGAUUAGUUUCCAAGAGUUCAAAAACAGACUUUUGGAGCCGGGGCUAGUGGAUCACAUUGUUGUUUCUAAUAAAUCAGUUGCAAAAGUGUAUGUGAAGAGCUCAGCACAGAAUCAAACGAGUGAUGAUAUUGUUCAAGGUCCAGUUAAUGGUGUCCCUGCUAGAGGUCACGGGGGCCAACAUAAGUACUACUUUACUAUUGGAAGUGUUGACACUUUCGAGGAGAAGUUGGAGGAAGCCCAAGAAGCAUUGGGGAUAGACCCUCAUAACUAUGUUCCAGUUACAUAUGCCUCUGAAAUGGUUUGGUACCAAGAACUGAUGAGGUUUGCACCUACACUAUUGCUUUUGGGAACCCUCAUGUACAUGGGACGGAGAAUGCAAGGUGGAUUAGGUGUUGGCGGUGGUGGUGGUGGAAAGGGUGGCCGUGGAAUAUUCAACAUAGGGAAGGCUCAUGUAACCAAAGCAGAUAAAAACUCCAAGAAUAAGAUCUAUUUCAAAGAUGUUGCUGGUUGUGAUGAGGCAAAGCAAGAGAUCAUGGAAUUUGUGCACUUCCUCAAAAGCCCUAAGAAGUACGAGGAGCUAGGUGCGAAGAUUCCAAAAGGUGCUCUUUUGGUCGGUCCUCCAGGAACUGGAAAGACCCUUCUAGCAAAGGCAACUGCUGGGGAAUCUGGUGUACCUUUUCUAUCUAUAUCUGGUUCAGAUUUCAUGGAGAUGUUUGUUGGUGUUGGACCAUCCAGGGUGAGAAACUUGUUUCAAGAAGCAAGACAGUGUGCUCCUAGUAUCAUAUUCAUCGAUGAGAUUGAUGCGAUCGGGAGGGCUAGGGGGCGUGGUGGGUUCUCCGGUUCUAAUGAUGAGCGGGAAAGUACCCUUAAUCAAUUGCUUGUAGAAAUGGAUGGCUUUGGAACUACUGCUGGAGUUGUUGUACUUGCCGGUACAAAUCGGCCUGAUAUUUUAGAUAAAGCUCUGUUGAGGCCUGGGCGAUUUGACCGCCAAAUUUGCAUUGACAAACCUGAUAUUAAAGGCCGUGACCAGAUAUUUCAAAUAUAUUUGAAAAAGAUCAAACUUGAUCAUGAGCCAUCAUAUUACUCUCAAAGGCUUGCAGCUCUUACUCCUGGAUUUGCUGGAGCAGACAUUGCAAAUGUUUGUAAUGAAGCUGCUCUAAUUGCUGCAAGGAGUGAAGGAUCACUGGUUACAAUGGAACAUUUUGAGGCAGCUGUAGAUCGAGUCAUUGGUGGUUUGGAGAAGAAGAACAAGGUAAUAAGCAAGCUUGAACGCAGAACGGUUGCUUAUCAUGAAUCAGGUCAUGCUGUUGCUGGCUGGUUUUUGGAACAUGCAGAACCACUUUUGAAAGUGACAAUCGUCCCACGAGGAACAGCUGCUCUGGGGUUUGCCCAGUAUGUUCCAAAUGAAAACCUACUCUUCACCAAGGAGCAACUCUUUGAUAUGACCUGCAUGACACUUGGUGGCCGAGCAGCGGAACAGGUUUUGUUGGGGAAAAUCUCAACUGGAGCCCAAAAUGACUUGGAAAAGGUGACGAAAAUGACAUACGCCCAAGUUGCAGUGUAUGGCUUUAGUGACAAGGUUGGUCUCCUCUCUUUCCCACAAAAGGAGGACUCGUUUGAGAUGACCAAGCCCUACAGCAACGAGACAGGAGCAAUUAUUGACGGUGAAGUGCGUGAAUGGGUGGGCAAGGCCUAUGGCCAUACGUUACAACUCGUAGAAAAGCACAAAGAACAGGUGGCGCAGAUUGCAGAGUUGUUGCUCGAGAAGGAAGUUCUUCACCAAGAAGACUUGAUUCGAAUUUUGGGCGAGCGGCCAUUCAAAUCAAGUGAGGCCUCAAAUUAUGACAUAUUUAAGCAAGGGUUUGAAGAGGAAGAGGAGAAAGUCGAAACACCAGCAAGUACUACUGACGGGGAUGAAGACCAAUCAUCACCCAUAGAGGUCGUACCGGCUUAACCAUGGGGACAUUAGUGCGUUUGUACAAUAAAAUUUGUAAUCUGCUCCUCUUUCUUCUUAGGCAAAUGAAUUUUUUGUAUACUGGCCAUUUGUGAUCAUUGUAAUCUUUAAUUCAAAAUUCUCAGGAGAAAAGCAACACCAAGCUACCGUGCUGCUCCACCCCCCAUUCAUCCCUGGAGAAAUAAUAUGUUGACCCCACUUCUUUAGUCGUCGUCAUAUUUUGUUAUUAUCGUGCCUUUCUGAGCCAAACUCAUGGUCUAGCUAGCAACAAAAACAAAAAUAAAAUUCCUGUAUUGAUUCUC